UGUUAAGAAUGUGUGUGAUGACUGAUGUCAGUGAUGUGAUGUCAGGGAAAGAGAAGGAAAAUUAUAAAAAUAAAUUGAAUUGAGAUUUACCAUUAAAUUAGAAGCAACAGAAAAAGUCAAAACGGUUUAGAGAUUUACUUCUGUUAAAUUUUCAUAAGCAUACUACUGUAUACAGUAUCAUAGAAAAUGAGAAGUCAGAGCUUCCUAUAAUGGAGUUAAAAACAGAACAGUAUUUAAGAUCUACCAGUGCCCUGGCCCAGAAAAUUGGUGAAGAUUUAGAUUCAGUCCGUGAAGCCUAUCAAGAUCUAUGGAAGACAUUGUCUCCUCACGAGCAGCAACAAGUUUUAGAUGAGGCGAUAAUAGAUCCCGCUGCAGUCAUAAAAUAUUCCAAUUGUAAAAAAAAUGACUCUAACGAUAUUUACCAGAUGUCUUGCGACAACCAGUUCUCUUGGUUCACCAGGAGCCAGCUUGAUCUCUUCACAGAGGUGUCUCACAAGACACCGAAAACACCUUCUAAGAAAGUAGAAAUUUUGUAUAAUAUCAAUAACAACCCCACUCAAGAACCUGUGAUCAUCGAAAACAAAACCAAAGAGUCUAAUUUGUUGAAUAAAAUUAAAAAUAAAGUAACAAAUCUAAAAAUUCCGUCUACUUUUGAGGAAAAACAAAGUCUAGUGGAGGCCAAAUCUCAGGUGACCGUUAUGAAGUCGUUAGCCAAGCCUAAGACUCCGCCCCCUCCUCCCCCCACCAAACAGGUACUGACUGAGAAGAAAGCAUUAUUAGCAGCCGACAUUGAGUCAGACCCAGACGACAUACCAAAAACAGGCUUUGAUUUCUUAGACAAUUGGUAGUUUUUCAUAAAUAUCCCUCAGUUUAUUGGAGUAAGGAUGCUCCAGAUUCAGAUUUGAAUCACUUAAUUCAAUAUACAUAUUGUUUUGUACGAGAAUGGCAUCAAGACUAAUGACUAAAACUAAAGAAGAAUUUAACUAACCAAGCACAUAAUUGCUAACUAUAAUCCAAAAGUCAAAAUAUUACAACCGAUUAUUUAGAAAAAACCAAACAAGUUAUCGGACCAUUUAAUUUAAUAACAAAGAAAAAAUAUAAACAUAUUUGGGUUUUCCAAGUUUAGAAAAUCAGGGCAGUGACAUGUCUGAGAAUGAUUUUCAAAUUGAUUAUAAUAUCUUGAAAAAAAUCUUCAAUAUCUGCUCACUAUCUCAGAUGGUGGCUCAAAUAUUGCUCGAUCGGAUAGGGCUUGUGUGUAUAUAUGGUUGAAACUAUGUUUCAAUUUUUAUAUCUUACGAAGUUAAGUUUUUCUCUGUAUACUUUGCUCGAAGUAUGCUGUUUAUUAUUGAACUAGAAUGGAGAUUUUUAACUCAUUUUUCGUUAGAUACAUUUAGAAUGGUUAGAAGAAUGUUUAAAUAUACUACAAUACUACUUAUAUGCUAUUGUUCCUAAGUUAUUUAUUUUGAAUCUUAAAAAUUGUAUUCCAAAAAGUCACAACAAUCAAUGUAGAUAAGUUCAUUUUUACUUUAUUAUAUGCUUCAUAUUUAUUUCAUCGUAGUUUUUUAAGCAAUUAUAAUUGCUUUAACGGAUUACCCUGGUCAUUGGUUAUUGGUUUGGUUGUAAACUAAAGGCCUCUAGGGCAGAGUUCCUUUGUUAUGACUUAUUGACCAGUAAUAUCAAUUUUAUUUGAAAUUAAAACAAAACAGUAGCCUAAUUGAUGUAAAAUACAUUGUACAUUUACUCAUUGUAUGCUUGCAUUCUCUAUCAUUUAAGCACCGUAGCCAAGAACUUUUCUGACUUACUCUACUUUGUAUAGAUUCUUGUUUUUCUUGAGUCUUUUGAUACACUACUGAAUGAAAUAGCUGAAGGCAAUUAGUAGUUAAUGAUCAUGGAGAACCGAUUAAAUAUGUAAAAGUAUUUUUUGUUUAUAAUUGCUCAAAUAAAUUAAAUGUUUAAAUCUCCAGCUUGGUGUAUUUGAAAAAAUUCUCUGUUCACAAAAUUUAGGCGGUUUGAGGGGAUCCUGUUCCAUCCCCUCCAACUCACCCUAACUUUGAAACAACAGCAGACAGCUGAUGUAUAGAUUAAGCUAAAAAAAAGUAGUCGGGUAACCCAGGAAACAUUUCCCUUAAGCUGCCUAAAUUUUGUGAAAGGACUAUACAACAAUGCUCAGAUCGUACUUUUCUCAUAAAUGUAUGUAAAUAAUACUCAUAAAGGUGCAUUAGUAUGUAAUUUAUAACAUUUUUCACUUUUGUAAAAUGUCUUAACUACUUAUAAACUUAUGUGUGCUACUUUGUUGUGUCAUUAUAUUUUUUAAACCAAUUCAUAUUAUAUACAUGGUAUUGUAUCAUUAGGUUAUUGAUAGCUAUACGUAAUAUAUUCCAUUCUGAAAUAGUUUAUAUUAAAUCAUAGACAAAAAUAAUUAAAUAUAGACUGUCAGCUGUGCUGCAGUUACCAUAGGUUCUGGCGCACCGCUUGGAGCACCAUGUAGUCACGGCGCUCCCAGCGGUGUGGGCCAGAACCUAUGGUAACCGCAGCACGGCUGACAGUCUAUAUUUAUUUUUUUUGUCUAUGAUUAAACUUAAGAAUUUGGUUUUGUGGAAUUUAUACAAGUUUUUGUACCUACCUCAUAAAGUGCUAUACAAAAAUAGCAAAUUUACAAUAAAACUUUUCACAAUAAAAUAAAAUAUUUAUUUAUGUAAGCUUUAUUUAUUAGCAUAGUCAUGUGGAAUUUGCAUUUCAUCUACUUAUUCUGUUAAUAUCACAUAUUUAAAAGAUCUCGCCUUAGUUCGAUCAGUCAUGAUGUUUUCAACCUUUUUAUUUACAAAAGUAAUUGUGUUCAUCAGUUUAUUAUAAAUAUAGAAUAUUUCAU